AUGAAUCUUUAUCGUGCUCGUGUUUUUAAAGCUGUUAGGAUGUUUUCAACGCUUGUUGGUCAGUCCGGUCGCAAGUAUGUGUGUCAAAAGGUACUUCAGCAUCAUCCCACAAAACCAGGGUUUGACAUCAAGCUUGCACUUUGUGAUGGAAAACUCUUUGUUCUAAAGCCUGUUUCCCAGUCAAUUUUCGACCUCUUGCAGGAGUUCAAAGACGAGUUUGGCAAUAAUGCUCGGCUUCGAAUUCAUGUGGACGACAAUAAAACUGAAAAUGUACUCGUCUACGAGUACUUUAAGACCGAUUUGCUUUCGUUGUGUCUUUACGUGAUCACAGGGGCGCAAUGCUUUCACCCAGAUUUCGAGACACUCGAUGUGGAGCCCGAGCCAGUGAUUUUGUUCAAGUUGCUUUCAGCCUUCGGCCCGCUACCGGAUGCGCUGGUGAAGCAUGUCAAUGACGAAGAAGCUAGAGUCCUCUUGACAGGUCUGUGGCAAGCCAUUGCAGAAGACGAGUCAAACGAAGCUUUUGAGCAAUGGUCUGAGGAUGUAUUUCCGAACCUCGGGAACGAGGCAAAGAGGUUGAUCUUGAGGAUGACGAAUCUGGAUCCAGGAAAAAGAGUAUCAAUGUUAGACAUUGUAAAGGAUCCUUAUUUGAACUGA